AUGACAAAAGAUAAAAAUAAAAAAAGCAAAGAAAAAGAAGAAUCUUCUCAUCUGGAGGAAUUUUAUAAGUUAAGAUCUCCUCUUGACAUAGCUGAAAUUUCGUUAAACAAGCAGAAAUCACACAGAUUAUUCUUUUAUGGAAACAUCAGAAAUAAUAUCAUUAAAAAAAUAUAAAUGAAGGAAUUUCUUCUAGAAAAAUAGAAAUUGGAUAAACAGAAGCUUUAAAAUGAAUAGAAUUUAAUAAAAUACGCACAUGAUCAUUUAGUUCCUUAAAUUAUUGACGAAUACUAAAAAAAAAGCUGCUUUCACAAAGAAGUUUGCAAAAUAUUAAGGCUAAAGUUCAAAAAUAAGUAGUUUUAUUCAUCUUUAAAUGAGCAGUAUAGGAAAAAAAUGUGGCUUAUUGCAACUGAUGCUUUUUAUCAAAAGAAAGAUAACAAAGAUUAUUUUAAAAAAAUCUUGAAAAGCGAGGAUAUACCAAAUGUUUAUGAAGAUUUUAUAGAAAAGGAUUUACUGAGAAGUUUUAACAAAGAGGAAUUAGAACAAUUUCCAUAGCUCGUCAAAUAAACAGUAGAUAAACUACGAAAUGUUUUGUCAGCGUAUUCAAAAUUAAAUUGCAUUGCUGGAUAUUGCUAAGGAAUGAAUUUCAUAGCAAAGUUUAUACUUAACUUACAAUUUGAUGAAGAGGAAGCAUUUUGGAUAUAUAAAUAUUUUUUAGAAAGCAUGAUACCUCUUGAUUACUACACAAAUAAUAUGAUAGGACUAAUUGCUGACUAGAAUAUUUUUAAAAAUCUCUUGUAAGCUCACAACCCAAAAGUAUUCAAAAAAUUUCAGGAUAUAAAAAUAGAUGUGAACAUCUUUACAACGUCAUGGUUUAUCUGCUUAUAUACGAACAGUCUUUCAUAAUAAUUAUGCACAGUAGUGUUUGACCACUGCAUUUUGUAUGGAGCAAAAACUGUUUUUCUUGUUGGAUUAGUGCUAUUAGACACUCUUUAGGAAGAUAUUCUCAAAGCCUAAGGACCUGAAGUCUUAAUGAUCAUAGAGGAGGGAGCUAGAAAACUUCAAGACAAGGAAAUGUUUCAUACGAAACUAAUAGAAAUAUAUCUUAGCAAAAAGGGUAUAGAAUUAUAAAGGGAGAUUUAUAGAGACAUUUAUGCUAAGCAGAUAAAAGAAGAUAAAAAUCUGAAUUAGAAAACUCAAAUAACAAAAAAAAUAAAAUGUAACAGAAAUUGGAGAAUAUGUUUAGUUAAUCUUCACACAGAGUAAAUGAAAAAAUUUGAAGGAGUUUUUGUUUAUAGAAAUAAUCAUGAUAUGAUUUUAUAAAAUGAUCAUUCUACACUUGAAAAAGCAAAGAUCCAAAAAUAGAGAUAAUUUAAAUCUGAAGAUCCCUCUAACAUUAAUAAUUUAUUAAUAGUAAGAUUAGACCAUACUUGCACAGAAGAAUAGCAAAUAAAACCUAUUUAUAGAUAAAGCUCUAUUAAUUAUAACUUGAAUUCAUUAAAUUUAUAAAAUCAGACCAGUCUUGAUCUGCAUUAAAACAUGGUUGUCAAUAAUUUAGCACAUUAAGAUAAUCAUGAGAAACCACCAUCAAUAUUGUAAAUUGGAUAAAAGGUAGUUUCUUAUUAUCCAUCAGACCAAGAAAUGGCAUACAUUUUAAGCACUCAAAAUCAAUAAAACCAAAAUAAUGGGAACAAAGAAGAAUGUAAAAACAUAGAAAAUAUUGAGAAUGAUAACGUAAGAGCAUAAAAGUUAGCAGAAAAUUAUCAUAAUAUUUAAUAGAAUAAUGCAUUUAUGUAAAUUAGUGAUGAUGAUCACUCUCCAAAAUAAAUAUUUAAUGAAAUUAAUUAAACAAAUCUUAAAGAAGAUCCAUAAGAUGAAGACAAUGUGGAUGAGUAUGAGGUUAUAGCAGAAUUAGUUAAUUAAAAUAAUAAUAAAAAUCAUGAAGAUAACAUCAAAGCGAGUGUGGAAAUUAAAACUAGUUUGUACAGAUCAAGUUACUAUAAAUUCUUUUCAUAGUUCAAAGGGAAAAAUUAAGUCUAUGGUGGUCUUCUCGAAUCUGAUAUUACAACUGCAUAAACCAAAUAUUUUGAAUAAAUUUAAUGA